AUGGCUAUAGUCAAUGGCUACUUUGUGCACUUCUUUGCACCUCGGCGCCUUCCUGUGGUGCCUAAGAAUGUGGUCUUCGUGAUUGACAUCAGCGGCUCCAUGUAUGGCCGGAAAAUACAGCAGACAAAGGAUGCCCUCCUCAAAAUCCUGGAGGAUAAAAAAGAGGAGGACUACCUGAAUUUCAUCCUGUUCGAUUCCGAUGUGACCACUUGGAAAGACACUUUAGUUCAAGCCACUCCUGAGAACAUCCAGGAGGCCAGGGAGUUUGUGAAGAACAUUAGAGAUCGAGGAAUGACCAACAUCAACGACGGGCUGCUGACAGGCAUCAGCAUGCUGAACAAGGCCCAGGAGGAACACACAGUGCCAGAUAGGAGCACCUCCAUCGUCAUUAUGCUGACCGACGGGCACCCCAAUACUGGUGAAAGCAGACCCGCUAAAAUACAGGAGAACGUGCUAAGUGCCAUUGGAGGCAGGUUCCCCUUAUAUACCCUGGGCUUUGGCAACAAUCUGAAUUAUAACUUCCUGGAAAGCUUGGCCCUGGAGAACGAUGGGUUCGCCCGGCGCAUUUAUGAGGAUUCCGAUGCCAACUUGCAGCUGCAGGGCUUCUAUGAGGAGGUGGCCAACCCACUGCUGACCGCAGUGGAGGUGGAAUACCCUGAGAACGCUAUCCUGGACCUGACCCGGAACACUUACCAGCACUUCUAUGAUGGCUCUGAGAUCGUGGUGGCUGGGCGCCUGGUGGACGAGGAAAUGAACAACUUUAAGGCGGAUGUGAAGGGCCACGGGGCGCUCACUGACCUGACCUUCACGGAGGAGGUGGACUUGAAGGAGAUGGAGAAGGCCCUGCAGGAGCAGGACUACAUUUUCGGGAGCUACAUUGAGCGGCUCUGGGCCUACCUCACCAUUGAGCAGCUGCUGGACAAACGGCUCUGCUCUGCGGGUGCCCAAGAGGAAGAUGACCUGGCCACACCCGGGAAGUGCACCCCAGGGCCUGAGGAAGCAGUGACUGCCGCCACGGCUUACCAGACCAGCUACCAGCCUCCUUCUUCACCCUACUAUUAUGUGGACGGAGACCCCCACUUCAUCAUCCAAGUCCGAGGGAAAAAGGAUGCCAUCUGCUUCAACAUUGAUGAAGAACCAGGCACAGUGCUGCGCCUCAUUCAGGACCCCAUUACAGGCUUAAUAGUAAAUGGGCAGAUCAUUGGUGACAAGGGAAACAGCUCUAACUCUAAGAACAGAAAGACUUACUUUGGCAAAAUGGGCAUUGUCAAUUCUCCGAUGGACUUGCGGAUUGAGGUGACCACAGAGAAGAUUACCCUGCAGAAUGGGGCUGCACAGAGUACUUUCAGCUGGCUGGACACAGUCACGGUCACCUCAGAAGGGUUCUCUGUGAAGAUCAACAGGGAGGCUAUGGUGGUCUCCUUUGGAGAAGGGAUUACCUUUAAGGUGGUUCUGCACCAGGUGUGGAAGAAACAUCACAUCCACCUUCACUUUCUGGGCUUCUACGUGCUGGACAGUGACAAGAUGUCAACAAAGUCACACGGGCUGCUGGGACAAUUCUUCCGCCCCCUUGCCUUUCAAGUGUCUGACCUCAACCCAGGCAAUGACCCCUCCAAGAUACAUGCCAUAAUGCUGGUGAAGAAACAUCGGCUGGCAGUCACCAG